ACUGGAAGAUCUGCUGCAAUGCGUCUGAGCAACCAAAAGUUAAUGCGAUUGAUAAUCGAUACAGCGAGGUUUAUCGGUUUUUCAACAGUAUGCCAAAUGAGGAUUUAUCCAGCUGAAAAUCUGUAAUAGUGUGCAACGUCAUAUGGGCGACAGUGAAUGAAUGAGGACACACAGGAAUUACAUUACAGAUUAUACAGUGGCAUGGACAGGCCCUAUAUCUAUCUAUAGCUGGUACAUGUCAUGGACUGUAUUUUGCAAAACCACAAUAUCAGCUUGUUCUAACAGCUUUUCCAAGCUAAUGGAGAGUGCAACUCCAUCCAGAAUGGGCAUGAUAUCACCACUGAAGGCCAUCUAUCAACACCUUUCUCUUGUAUGGAUUGAGCUUCCGUUUGUUAGCCUUCAUGUGGGCUGUUCCUGAGCCCAGGCAUCAGUUCAACACCCACUCUCUCACCUGAUUCUGAUAUAAAGAAAUGGAAUGUUUCUGAACAGAUUAAGGGGUGCCCCCCUUUGAACUGAACAAUGAAUUUGAAAGUUGUUGAGUAACAAGGCUGGAGGAAAUGAAAGGAGGCUUAAGUUGAUUGUCUGCUUCCGCACUGGCAGCAGGGGGAGUGUACAACCUUGCAGAGUAGAUCUAGGCUUCUAGAGAUCACAUAAACAGACAAUCCAAUGGCUGACCAAAGGAUGGACAUUUCUUCUACAAUCAGUGAUUUUAUGUCACCCGGCCCCACUGACCUAAUCUCUAGUUCUCUUAACUCUUCAGGAAUGGAUUGUAAUAGGAAAAGGAAAGGCAGUUCUACUGAUUAUCAACUCGAUGGCUUUUCUUUUGACGAAGGUAUGGAUACAGAUAAGGAUGAGCAACAUGGAAGGUUGGAAUAUACAGACCAGCAAGGCAGAAUAAAAAAUGCAAGGGAGGCUCACAGUCAGAUUGAAAAACGACGUCGUGAUAAGAUGAACAGUUUUAUUGACGAAUUGGCCUCUUUAGUGCCAACAUGCAAUGCUAUGUCCAGAAAACUAGAUAAACUAACAGUACUGAGAAUGGCUGUUCAGCACAUGAAGACAUUGCGAGGUGCCACAAACCCAUAUACGGAAGCAAACUACAAACCUGCUUUUCUGUCAGAUGAUGAAUUAAAACAUCUUAUUCUUAGGGCAGCAGAUGGUUUUCUCUUUGUUGUGGGCUGUGAUCGAGGAAAAAUACUGUUUGUUUCAGAAUCUGUCUUCAAGAUCCUCAACUACAGUCAGAAUGAUCUGAUUGGUCAGAGUUUAUUUGACUACCUUCAUCCAAAAGAUAUUGCCAAAGUUAAGGAGCAGCUCUCUUCUUCUGAUACUGCACCACGGGAAAGGCUCAUAGAUGCAAAAACUGGACUUCCAGUUAAAACAGAUAUAACGCCUGGGCCAUCACGAUUAUGCUCUGGAGCAAGACGUUCAUUCUUUUGUAGGAUGAAAUGCAACAGACCAUCCGUGAAAGUAGAAGAUAAAGACUUCCCUUCUACCUGUUCGAAGAAGAAAGCAGACCGGAAAAGCUUUUGCACUAUCCAUAGCACAGGAUAUUUAAAAAGCUGGCCACCAACAAAAAUGGGACUAGACGAAGACAAUGAGCCUGAUAAUGAAGGCUGUAACUUAAGCUGUCUUGUUGCAAUUGGACGGUUACAUCCUCAUGUAGUUCCUCAGCCAGUAAAUGGAGAGAUCAGAGUUAAACCAACAGAGUAUGUUUCUCGACAUGCAAUUGACGGGAAAUUUGUAUUUGUAGACCAGAGGGCAACUGCAAUAUUGGCAUAUUUGCCACAGGAACUUCUAGGAACUUCAUGUUAUGAAUAUUUUCAUCAAGAUGAUAUAGGACAUCUUGCAGAAUGUCAUCGACAAGUUUUACAGUCAAGAGAGAAAAUUUCUACUAAUUGUUACAAGUUUAAAGUCAAAGAUGGAUCUUUUAUUACACUGAGGAGUUGUUGGUUCAGUUUCAUGAACCCUUGGACCAAAGAAGUAGAAUAUAUUGUCUCAACUAACACAGUGGUGUCUGCCAAUAUACUUGAUGGUGGAGACGCAACUUUUCCACAGCUUGCAGCUUCGCCACACAGCAUGGACAGUGUACUCCAGGCAGGAGAAGGUGGUCCCAAAAGGUCCCUUCCAACAGUCCCUGGCAUUCCAGGUGGAACAAGAGCAGGAGCCGGUAAAAUUGGCAGAAUGAUUGCUGAAGAAAUUAUGGAGAUUCACAGGAUAAGAGGCUCUUCACCUUCAAGCUGUGGCUCUAGCCCGUUGAACAUGACCAGCACACCUCCCCCUGACACUUCUUCACCAGGAGGCAAAAAGAUUUUGAAUGGUGGAACUCCAGACAUUCCUCCUGCCAGUUUACUAUCUGGCCAGAUCCAAGACAAUCCCGGGUACCCAUAUUCUGACAACGCUUCCAUCCUUGGGGAAAACCAUAUAGGGAUUGAUAUGAUAGACAACGACCAAGGAUCCAGCAGCCCAAGCAAUGAUGAAGCAGCGAUGGCUGUUAUCAUGAGCCUUUUGGAAGCUGAUGCGGGUCUAGGGGGGCCUGUCGAUUUUAGUGACUUACCAUGGCCCUUGUAAAUGCUACCCAGUAGCUUUGAAAUCUCGCUAUAUCAAAGUGCAUUAUUGGUGGAGUUCUCCAAUCUGUGAAGCUUGUUGAAUUGCUUUGAUGUUUUAAUUUCAUGAAAGCCAUAUCAAGAGAACAGUCAUCCUUCUCCCAUGUGUAAUUUCAGACCAAGUGGAGAUCAACCUGCUGCAGUGUUCCUACUUCAUUGAUUUGGUUAGCUAUGUAUAGCUUGCAUUAACUGUAUAUUUUGGAUUCUGUUCUUGUGUUGACUUUUUAAAAAAAAGAUCACUGUGCGAACUAAGCACUGGCAUCACUGGUAGCUUUUAUAUGCAAAUGGUCAUUUCAGCUGUAUGGUGUGUUUUUACACUACAGAAAAAGUCCAUGUGGAUAAUGGAUAUUUCUUAUACUAAUGCAUCAAAACUGUUUCUUGUAAGAUCCUUUACUAUAAAUAUUGUUGAAGUGUAAUGUAUUAGACAGUUAAAUAUUUUUAAAAUAAAAUGUUUUUCCUUGUUCUAAA